CACCAUGGGGGAUGUCCGCUGCAAGCCACGACGCGCACUUUUAUAAAACUUUAGAAACUGUUUAUUUCCACAAAAACUUAUUUUUUUUUAACCAUACCGGUUAUUUAUUCAUAUAAGUUGAUCCAGGGAGGCGCGGCUGGUGUCUUACUUUAACGUUAGCUUGUUGGCUGAAGUUGUUUCCAGUUCAGACGAGUUCACGACACGAGUGGAGGAAACGAGGCAGGAUGUAUCAUGAAGAAACUACAGGGUUACAGAAGCCUCGCUAUGGAACCAUUCAGGACGACGAAAGGCUAUCGGCAGAGGAGAUGGAUGAAAGGAGGCGACAGAACAUUGCAUACGAGUACCUGUGUCACCUGGAGGAAGCCAAACGGUGGAUGGAAGCAUGUUUAGAUGAAGAAAUGCCCCCUACCACAGAACUGGAGGAAAGACUGAGGAAUGGCGUGCAUCUUGCCAAACUUGCCAAUUUCUUUGCCCCUAAAAUGGUGUCUGAGAAAAGGAUUUAUGACAGAGAUCAGUGCCGCUAUAAGAAUAAAGGCUUACACUUCAGACAUACUGAUAACACAGUGCAGUGGCUCAGAGCCAUGGAGUUGGUGGGCCUCCCUAAGAUAUUCUAUCCAGAAACCACAGAUGUGUAUGACCGCAAAAACAUGCCCAAAGUGGUGUACUGCAUUCAUGCAUUAAGCUUGUAUUUGUAUAAACUAGGAAUUGCACCACAGAUUCAAGACCUGCUUGGUAAAGUGGCCUUUACUGAGGAAGAGAUCAGUAACAUGAGGAGCGAGCUAGAAAAGUAUGGCAUUCAGAUGCCAUCUUUCAGUAAAAUUGGAGGCAUCCUGGCCAAUGAGCUCUCAGUGGAUGAAGCUGCUUUGCACGCUGCAGUGAUUGCCGUAAAUGAGGCUAUCGACAAAGGUCAGGCAUCUGUGACGCUGGCGGCUCUGAAAAACCCUAACGCCAUGCUGAGGAACAUCCAGGACGCCAUAUCUCACGACUACCAGGUGGCUUUGAGUCGAGCAAAGGCUCGGAAGCAGCAUCAGUCCCUGGGAAGGCGAGCCUCUGUAGCUAAAGAAGAAAGAGAUGUUUACGAGGAGUUUCUUACGCAACAGGAAAUCCAAAGCUGCCUUGACUCUGUUAAUGCUCAGGAUGCAGUUCAGCAGGUGAAUCAGGCCGUAUCAACCCAGGAUGAGGCUGCUCUCUUGGCUGCUCUUAGACUUGAUGCUUUAGCUUUGCUGGGAAUUCAAGAGGCAAACUGUCAUCAUUAUAUGGAACAUUUUACCACCUACUGCCAACAUAAAUCCAAGGAUGGAGUGAGGGCUGUGAUGCUGGACAAAGAGGAAAUUCACAAAGUUGUCAGCACUUGCAAUGACUUUGCUGAGGCAGAAAAACGGAAGCUUGAAGCAGUUGGAAGGAUCAAUAAGGCAAUUCGACUUGGCUUUGCGGCACAGACUGUAGAAGAACUGAUGAACCCUGAAGCUCAGCUGCCAAUCGUCUAUCAAACUGCUGCCAAUCUCUACCAAACAGAGCUUUUCAGUCUGCAGCUACAAGGAGGACGGUCUGGUCUGAGUCACGAGGAGCUUAACGUAGCUGUGGAGAUGCUGUCGGCUGUCGCUGUGCUGAAUGAGGUGCUGGACACCAAAGACCCACAGGCUGUCGUCGAGCAGCUGACAGACUCCCCCCUGGGCUUCACUAACAUAGACCACGACAACUUAAACAGGUAUGCUGACAUGCUUAUCAGAGAGCGCGCUGACGCUCUUGCCAAGGACCAAGAGUUUCUGUCGUGGAAUGAUAUUCAGAAGUGCAUUGACACGGUCAACAUUCAGGUCCAAGAAGAGCACGAGCGCAUCAUAGCUAUAGCUGAGAUCAAUGAGGCGCUCAGCUCAGGUGAUCAUCAACAGACUCUUGCAGCCCUCCUUCUACCAACUGCAAAGCUGUCAGGCGUGAACCCAGAGACAGCCAAACACUACCACGAUAUCCUCCAAAAUACUAAACAACUUCUCUGCCAGACCUCUGGUGAUGAGUCAGCGGUGUUAUGGCUGGAUCAGAUCCAACAGGCCAUCCUAACGGCAAACCAGGAUGAAGAAGAAGCUCUGACACUGGCUGCAGCAGUUGCUCAUAUCAACAGCGUGGUGGCCGAGGGGAACUCCCAGAACACCCUGCAGGCUUUGCAGGCUCCCGAUGCUGGGCUGAGAGCAGUGCUCCCUGAAUGUGCUGACACAUAUCAGAGUGAACUGGCAAAGAGGCAAGAAAGCAACGCCACUGAAGGCAGCAGUGAUGUGUUGUGGGUAAAGCACUGCAUCAAGGACAAAUAUGACUUCUACUAUAACCUGCAGACAAGACAGGGCACCUGGGAAAAACCUGAAGAAUAUAAAGACAGCUGGAGCCAGCUCAGUAAAGAGGAUAUCCAGAACGUGGUUAACUGUGUGACAGCGGAGUACAACAGAGAACAGCUGUGGCUGGCAAAUGAGUCUUUAGUGACGCGGCUGCAGGCCAGAAUCCGAGGUUACCUUGUUAGAAAAAAGCAUUCCCAAAGAAUGGAAUAUCUUCACCUACAAGAACCCUACGUCGUCAAACUGCAGGCUUGUUGGAAAGGUUACAAACAAAGGAAAGUGUACAAAGAGAGGAUGAACCUGCUUCAGAAAAAUGUUGACUCUGUCAUUAAGAUCCAGUCUCUGGCUAAAAUGUGGAGAGCAAAACAUAAAUACAACCAGAGGCUGAAGUUCUUUAAAGAUCAUGAAAAAGAAAUUGUGAAAAUCCAGGCUUUCCUUAAGGCCAACAAAGCCAGAGAUGACUAUAAAACCUUAACUGGAGCCAAAGAUCCUCCCCUCUCAGUGGUGCGCAAGUUUGUCCACCUGCUGGAACAGAGUCCCCGGGAUCUGCAGGAAGAGCAGGAGAUGACGGGCCUCAGAGAAGAAGUGGUCACAAAGAUCCGCUCCAAUCAACAGAUGGAGAAGGACCUGAAUCUGAUGGACAUAAAGAUUGGACUUCUGGUGAAGAACCGAAUCACUUUGCAGGAUGUUGUGUCACAUAGUAAGAAAAUGAAGAACAAGAAAAGCAAAACGAGUAAAGAGGACCUAACUGGAGGAGAAAAACUGGGUAUAAAGGGUCUUAGUAAAGGCAAAAGAAGAAAACUGGAGGCUUAUCAACACCUCUUUUACCUCCUUCAGACCAAUCCAUCUUACCUGGCUAAGCUGAUCUUCCAGAUGCCCCAAAACAAGUCAACAAAGUUUAUGGACACAGUCAUUUUCACUCUUUACAAUUAUGCUUCCAACCAAAGAGAGGAAUACCUGCUGCUCAAACUCUUCAGAACCGCUUUAGCAGAGGAGAUCAACUCUAAGGUGGAUCAGAUUCAGGAAAUAGUGACAGGAAACCCCACAGUCAUCAAAAUGGUGGUGAGCUUCAACCGGGGCGCACGUGGUCAUAACGCCCUCAGGCAACUGCUGAGUCCGGUGGUCAAAGACAUCAUUGACGAUAACAGCUUGGGCAUCAACACCAACCCAGUGGAUGUGUACAAAGCCUGGGUAAACCAGGUGGAGUCGGCCACUGGAGAAGCCAGCAAGCUGCCUUAUGAGGUGACUCCAGAGCAGGCCAUGUCAUAUGCAGAAGUGCGCAACCGGCUGCAGGCGUCCAGUGAGGCGCUGCGCUCUGCAACUGAUAAGGUCCUGAACUCCAUUGUCUGUUCUCUGGAUAACAUCCCUUAUGCCAUGAGAUACAUUGCAAAAGUUCUGAAGAACAGCCUCCAUGAAAAGUUCCCAGAAGCCUCAGAGGAUGAUGUGUUGAAGAUAGUCGGAAACCUGUUGUAUUACCGCUACAUGAACCCGGCCAUUGUGGCCCCCGAUGGCUUUGACAUCAUCGACCUAUCCGCAGGGGGGCAACUGCAUCAGGACCAGCGGCGCAACUUGGGAUCUGUGGCAAAGAUGCUCCAACAUGCUGCUGCAAACAAGCUGUUUGAGGGCGAGAAUGCACACAUGACGCCAAUGAACAAGUACAUUUCUCAGACGUAUGAGAAGUUCAGGUUGUUUUUCCAGGCUGCAUGUGAUGUUCCUGAACCCGAAGAGAAGUUUAACAUCGAUGAAUACUCUGACAUGGUGACGUUGAGCAAACCCAUCAUCUACAUCUCCAUAGAGGAGAUCAUCAACACUCACUCGCUGCUUUUGGAACAUCUGGACGCCAUCUCUCCAGACCGCAAUGACCUGCUCCACGAGCUGCUGCAGGACUUGGGAGACGUACCCGAUGUUGAGGCUUUGCUCGGAGAAGGAGCUGUAGACUCCAACGACCCAAACAGAGAGAACGCUCUCAGCCAGCUGGCCAAGACUGAGAUCUCGCUCCACCUAACCAGCAAGUUCGAGCUUCUGGAGGGCGACGACAAAGACUUGAAGACUCUUAUGACAAAAACAAAGAAGCUGAUAGUCGAUGUGAUUCGGAUUCAGCCCGGAGAGGCUUUGACUGAAAUCCUGGAGACUCCAGCUUCUCCUCCACAGGAAUUGGAGCACACCAAGAUGUUGGAGCGCAGGGCCGCCCAGGACGCCCAGACUCCGGAGGGUCUGAAGAGUAGCCCGGCAGUUCUGGAGGACGGUCAGCUGCCGCUGGAGCAGAAAAAGAGGAAGAUCCUCAGGAACCUUCGGAACCUGGAGCAGGCCGGCCUCGCCACGGCCAGCAACAACUACCAGGACCUCAUUAACGAUAUCGCAAAGGACAUUCGCUACCAGAGGCGCUACAGACAGAGGAGGAAGACCGAGCUCACCAAGCUCCAGCAGACACUGACGGCUCUCAACUCCAAAACCGUAUUUUACCAGGAACAGAUGAACUACUAUGACACCUACAUCAAAACUUGCUUAGAUAACCUCAACCGAAAGAACUCCCGCAGAUCCAUAAAGCUGGACAGUAAAUCAGAGGAUCGGGGCAGUAAGAAGUGGAAGCCUCAGUCGUUGAAGUACACUGCAGCCAGGCUGCACGAGAAGGGGGUCGUCCUGGAGAUAGAAGGCCUUCAGACAAACCAGUUCAAAAACGUCAUGUUUGACAUUUCACCCACUGAGGAAGUUGGAGAUUUUGAGGUGAAAGCCAAGUUUAUGGGAGUUGAAAUGGAAAAAGUUCAGCUCCAUUUCCAGGACCUCCUUCAGCUGCAGUACGACGGCGUGGCCGUCAUGAAGAUGUUCGACAAAGCCAAAGUGAACGUCAACCUUCUCAUCUUCCUCCUGAACAGGAAAUUCUACGGAAAAUAAAGAGCGGAGGAAAACGGAAACCCGACUGAAGAGGAAACUGUGCCUUUCACUGUGUGUGAAAUGACACACGUCUUGUUGUGUUUUUUUCCAUCCGUUCACAAUACAAUGCAUCCCACAAUGACUUGUGCGAUCUUUUCCACUGUUGAUUUGUAAAUGUACUUCAUAAUAAACUAAUAAUAUUCUUGUUUAGUAUGUAAACACAUUAUUGAAACUUUAAUACUAAAAAAAAACUCAAAGAAAUGAAUGGCCUCAUCAUAAACUACAGUUAUGCCUUUUUAAACAAAGUUUUAACUUGACAAAGAAACUACUGCUGAUGUAUUUUUAUAUAUAAUUAUCUUCUAAUGCCUGAACAAGAAAUAAAUCUUCAGAAAGUUUC